AUGCAGCCGACGACGCUCGUCACCUCGGCGAUACUCCUCAUCAUCAGCAUUCACCAAGUAGUCCACGUGGCAUCUGAAUUCUUGCCAGAAGACUCAAAAUUGAAUACCAUUGAACUAGCUACAAAAUACAAGCAUCCACCGUUGCAGUUCGAGGUCGUCACCGAAGAUGGCUACAUCCUGGCUCUGUUCAGACUCCCGGGGAGGAGUAAGGUUCCAGUGUUGCUUGUGCACGGUUUAGGGGAUUCAUCUGACACCUGGUUGUUAAGAGGAAGCACCUCCCUGGCAAUCACGCUGGCUGACGAUGGCUACGACGUCUGGCUCGCCAACGUCCGAGGCAACAGAUACUCGCGGCGCCACGUGCACCUCAACCCCGACAAGGACCCCGCGUUCUGGCGCUACAGCUUCCACGAAAUAGGGUACUAUGACCUUCCAGCUAUCAUCGAUACUAUUUUGAAGACCACAAAAGCGGAGAGUUUAACCUACAUCGGUCACUCCCAAGGUACCACGGCUUCUUAUGUGCUCGGAUCUCAAAGAAAAGAGUACAACUCGAAGAUUAAUGUUAUGAUAUCGCUGGCGCCGGUAGCUUAUCUGCACCACACUCCUCCACCGAUAUCCAUUUUGAUAGAUCUUUCUCCGGUAAUCGAGCAAGUGUUCAAGGAUCUUAGUAUUCAUGAAGUGUUUGGCGACAACACUACACUCGGCUACGUCAUUCAUAGGCUAUGCCCUUUACCUUUCAUAGGAUAUUUUGUGUGCACCUAUAGUUUGGCUUUUCCCACAGCUGGUUAUGAUCCUCCAGAACUAGAACCUAAAUUCAGCCAAAUAUCUUCUACACAUUAUCCAGCGGGAACUUCUUCUAGAAGUAUCGUCCAUUUCUUGCAAGUGGGAUACCGGGAGAAGUUCGCGCAGUACGAUUACGGAAGCGAAGGUAAUGUAAAGCACUAUAACUCCACUGAGCCUCCGGUCUACCGACUGGAUCAAGUCACUAUGCCAGUAGCUUUGUUGGUAGGUGAUAAUGACAAUUUGUCCACUGUGCCCGAUGUGGAAUUAUUGAAGCAGCAACUGGCGAAUGUGGUGUACUAUAAUUUGAAUCCUCGAUUGUUGUGUAAUCACUUGGACUUCGUAUGGGGCCGCCACAUGAGCGAUUACUUGUAUCCUCAAAUAUAUGAAGUUCUGGAUAGCUACAAGCACUUUUAGAGCCUACCAUAAUAAUGUUAUGUCGU